AUCAACCUACGUUUAAUAACUUCUGCCGCUAGAUAUCAACCUCGAGAGAUUUACUGACGAAAGAUUAUGGCCAUAUCAGCGUCUUCAUACAAGAUUAUACUUCCAGAUUCCCAACAGAUUAUAAUGGUGAACGCGCAACCAGGUGAACGUGUAGAUAACCUAUUGAUUGUCAAUCUCUCUCCGACUCAAGUAGCAAUGAUUCAAUACUACGAAGACAUCCAAUCCGUGUUGUUUGAUGAUGGUGGGCCUGCUUAUACAACUCAUUUGAUGGAACUCGUAACGAAUAAUGAAUCAGUAACCAGUGUUAUAUCCUUGGAUGGAUCUCAAGUGGUGGAUCCAGAAACGUGUGUAAUGAUUACUAGUUAUAUAAUGGAUUAUCAUGAGUCUCUUCAUGCCAAUGACUUGUCCGAAGAAACGGUUGAGCAGGAACAUUCGAUCAAGAUUGGUAGAAACGGUGAUGAGGAGAAAGAAGAAGAGGACGUUUGUGCGAUUUGUCUGCAAGAAUUCGAGAUGGGUGAGAGGUGUACCACACUCGAAUGCAAACAUGGGUAUCAUCAAGAAUGCAUUGAGAAAUGGUUGGAGCAGAAGAACGAUUGUCCGAUUUGUAGGGCUAAAGUAGGGGCGGACCUGUAG